CCUUUUUGAGUCACGUGUGUACACAGAGGCGUGAACGUAAACAGUGGCCACGGUGUAGUUGAAUUCUUUUUAAACCUAAUAAAAACUGUCGUGGUUCGCAACAUUUUAUCAGAGAGAGUAGAUACGAAUUUUAUUAUUUUAGGCUACUACAACAUCGACAUGGAUGUGAUCUACAGUGUGUGACCAAGUGAACAAGAACAGUUGCUGAGCAGAUGCCAAGUGAAGGACUGAAACAAAAUGACAGAAAAAUCACACGAGAAAGUAGUCAUUUUGGAUGGAGGUUUGUCAACAGAGCUGGAGGCAGCUGGAAUGAAGAUACAGGGAGAUCCACUGUGGAGUGCAAGACUAUUGCUUACAAACCCCAAAGUUGUCAAGGCCGCACAUUGCAGAUUUCUUGGGAGUGGUGCGGAUGUAAUUACAACCGCUACUUAUCAAGCCAGCAUAGAGGGGUUUGUGCAACAUCUAGGCCAGACACCUGACCAGGCUGAGCAGCUGCUGAGGUCAGGUGUGCUGCUGGCAAAGGAAGCAGUCAGUGACAUCACGUCUAAUCAUUUUCCAUCAGGUCGUAAGCAGCCUUUGGUGGCUGGCUCUGUGGGCUCCUAUGGAGCGUUUCUUCAUGAUGGGUCUGAGUACACUGGAGCAUAUGAAGAUGGAAUGACUGUUGAGGAGCUGAAAGCCUGGCACCGACCUCAGGUGUGUGCCUUGGUUGCAGCUGGUGCCGAUCUAAUUGCCAUGGAAACCAUACCAAGUUUUAAGGAGGCAGAGGCUUUAGUGGAUCUGCUGAGAGAGUUUCCAAACACUCAAGCCUGGCUGUCCUUCUCCUGCAAGGAUGCACAACAUAUUUCCAAUGGUAAGAGCUUUAUUGAAGCUGUGCAGAUGGCCUGCAGAUCAAAACAGUUGGUGGCUGUGGGGGCAAACUGUUGUCCACCUGGACUUCUCACACCUCUCCUGAGCUCCAUUAAGUCACUGAGGAAUCCAGCCAUCAGCUGGAUUGUAUACCCCAACAGUGGAGAGGGCUGGGAUCACAACACCGGGUGGAUAGGCUCCAAGGAGACACAGUCGCUUGCACAGCAGGCAUGUGAAUGGUCAGCUCUGGGAGCCUCCUGGAUCGGGGGAUGUUGCCGUGUGGCUCCCGCUGAUAUCGCAGAGCUUAGAGGACAGCUGCUCGGCCCAUCACAAUAACACAAGCAGUCAACAUGGAGCAACAAUUACAAGAACACCAACAGGAUUUUAUUUUGGACCUCUAUAGGAAGCCUGUACAAUCAUGAAAUCUUUGCUAAAUGUAAUAAACAUCAACACUUGUUGAU